AUGCAGGUUUUACGGGACGAAGCUUCAUUUAACACGGCUGACUCCAAACCUGUUAACAUGAUUGCAGCAGUGGAAUCAAUCCUUUGUCAGACGGAGGCAACGAAGGAGACUAAGAACCUCAUCCGACACCAAGUGUCGUCUCUCCUGAUGGCCAACAGGCUGUGGGAAGUGUUUUCCAAGGUCGAACGUGAUGCGCUUAGAGAACUCAAGGCCGAAAAAGACCUGGUCAUCGUGCCAGCAGACAAAGGAUGCGCCACAGUUGUACUGGACAGAACAGACUACCUUCAAGAAACCAAAGGUUUACUGGAGGACCGACAGUUCCAUGUCCCAUGUGCAACGAACCCUUUAAAGCCGCUGACAAGCAACAGUAAUGCUACGUUGUUGGCCUUGGAUAACUCAGGUGCAAUAACACCGACCGACAGGCGCAUGACGAGACCCCAAGAUACGGCUUUGGCCCGAUUAUAUGGCCUAAUUAAGGUGCACAAAGACGGCGCUCCUCUCCGACCCAUCGUGUCGCUCAAAGGGACUCCAGCUUACGGACUGGCUAAAUGGCUGUUCCGGCGUCUCAAGUUCCUGACCGCUGAGUCAGACACCAGGGUCUCUUCGUCAGAACAAUUCCUGGAGAAACUCAAAGGGGUAAGCAUCCAUCCAAAUGAGGUCAUGGUAUCUUUUGAUGUUACAUCCCAUUUUACUUCUAUUCCCCAGGACGUGGCGAUCGAGACAAUUGAACUGCUACUACAAAGCAAAUACGAAGAAACGGAGAACCGCCUUGGGCACGCCCAAAUCCUUCAGCUCCUGAAGCUCUGUCUCAGGACGUACUUCACGUUCGACGGGACAAUCUACGAACAAGUGAAGGGCACACCAAUGGGUUCGCAGAUUUCGGGAUUCAUCGCCGAGGCGGUCCUGCAACGGUUAGAGUCGCUGGUCUUCCAACACCACAGACAGAAAUUCUGGGCCCGGUAUGCGGAUGAUACCUUCGUCGUCAUCAAACGGGAUCAGAUGUUGACAUUCCAAGAACAUCUCAACGCCGUCUUCCCGGACAUUCAAUUUACGAUGGAGGAGGAAGAGGACAACCACCUGACCUUCCUGGAUGUCCUCGUAUGCCGCAAGGAUUGUGGUGGACUAAAGACCAAAGUGUUCAGGAAAGCGACAAAUACGAUGCAAGUACUGAACUUCAACAGUAACCACCCAAGCAGCCACAAACGCAGCUGUGUAAGGACGCACUAUCGGCGUGUCGAAACGCACUGCAGUGAGCCGGAAGACAAAAUUACUGAACUACAAUACCUCCGAUGGGUGUUCAAAGCCAAUAGCUACCCGCGCAACUCCGUCGACCGGUGCAUACGCAAAAGGGACGAAAGGCCUAACCGCAUGGACACCAAGUCUUGGCGGGCACUUCCGUAUGUCAAGAACGUUUCAGAAGCUGUCGGCCGCCCUCUCGCACCACUUGGGGUUACAGUGACACACAGACCGGAGGCUGCCAUCAGGCGUCUGAUCAUGAAACCGAAAGACCCACUGCCACGGCUAGAAACGUUUGGAGUCGUUUAUCGGAUCUGGCGCAGUUGCGGACAAAGUAACUACGUCGGAGAAACCGGAAGACAGCUCCGAACGAGAAUGCCCGAACACGCGGCAGCGGUGCGCAGAAAUAACGCCAGCUCUCAAGUUGCAGCUCAUUCGACGAGAUCCGGCCACACAUUUAUAUUCGAUGAGGGCGAAAUUCUCGCAAGAGGUGACAACCGAGUGAGCCGGGAGCUACUGGAAUCAUGGUUUACUGGCCCCCAGUCCAUCAGCAAGUGCAACGAUCUUCCCAUUCAAUACAGCGUGCUGAGACUUCGUCUAGGCGGAGUAAUUGGCCACACGGGGAGCGCACUGGUGAACACUCCUCCCAACACCCGGGUCAACGCGUCAGAUGGUCGAGCAAUCAUCACGCCAACAUCCAAAGCACGUGAUGAAAUUGCAGCAAUUACCGAUUCGAAUGUCGGCGAUCAAGCAAUAAUCACACCAAGUGUGACAAUCCCGGAUGAAGGGGGGGCCGUGAACGUUCAUAGGUAUGCGGUAGCAUGGCUACUGCAUCCUAUAAAUAUCGCAGCCCCUUGUGCAACAACCACCCUUUUCUGCACUUUUGUUUCUGUUGAUGGAUUCGAGUAG